CAUCUCCAACAAGGAACUCUCUGACCUGAUUGAGCAGCUACAGAAGAAUGCGGACCAGGUGGAGAGGAACAUUGUGGACACCGAGGCCAAGAUGCAGAGUGACUUGGCCCGGCUGCAAGAGGGGCAGCCCCCUGAGCACCGGGACACGGCCCUCCAGAAGGUGUCUGAUUCGGAGAAGCUGCUAUACGUGCUGGAGGCGGAUGCGGCCAUUGCCAAGCACAUGAAGCACCCUCAGGGGGACAUGAUAGCUGAGGACAUCCGUCAGCUGAAAGAGCGUGUGACCAACCUACGGGGAAAACACAAGCAGAUGUACAGCCUGGCAGUGAAGGAGGCAGACCCGAAGGUCAACUGGGCUGCUCUGGUGGAGGAGAAGCUGGAUAAGCUGAGCAGCCAGGGCUUUGGGACUGACCUUCCUCUGGUGGACAGCCAGGUGGAGCAACACAACAUCUUCCACAAUGAAGUCAAAGCCAUUGGGCCCCACCUGACCAAAGACAAGGACAAGGAGCAGAACAGUGAACUCCAAGCAAAGUAUCAGAAGUUGCUGGCAGCGUCACAGGCACGGCAGCAGCACCUGAGCUCACUGCAGGACUACAUGCAACGCUGCACCAACGAGCUGUACUGGCUGGACCAGCAGGCCAAGGGCCGCAUGCAGUACGACUGGAGCGACCGCAACCUCGACUACCCCAGCCGCCGGCGCCAGUAUGAGAAUUUCAUCAACCGGAACCUGGAGGCCAAAGAAGAAAGAAUCAACAAACUGCACACCGAGGGAGAUCAACUGCUGGCGGCUGAGCACCCCGGGAGGAACUCCAUUGAGGCACACAUGGAGGCUGUGCAUGCGGAGUGGAAGGAGUACCUGAACCUACUCAUUUGUGAGGAGAGCCACCUGAAGUAUAUGGAGGAUUACCACCAGUUUCACAAAGACAUGAAGGAUGCUCAGGAGCUGCUACGCAAGGUGGACUCGGACUUGAACCACAAAUACAGCCCUGACUUCAAGGACCGGUAUCAGAUAGAGCUGCUGCUGCGGGAGCUGGAUGACCAGGAGAAGGCUCUGGACAAGUAUGAGGAUGUGGUACGGGGGCUGCAGAGGCGAGGGCAGCAAGUGGUGCCGCUCAAGUACCGCCGUGAAACGCCGCUUAAGCCUAUUCCUGUGGAAGCCCUCUGUGACUUUGAGGGUGACCAGGGCCUGAUCUCUCGGGGCUAUAGCUACAUACUGCAGAAGAACAAUGGGGAGAGCUGGGAGCUGACAGACAGCACAGGGAAGAAACUGAGUGCACCUGCUGUCUGCUUCAUCAUUCCACCCACGGACCCCGAGGCGUUGGCUUUUGCUGACAGCCUGGACAGCCAGUACCGGAGUGUGCGGCAGAAGGCAGCUGGAAGCAAGCAUACACUCCAGCAGCGGUAUGAGGUGUUAAGGACAGAGAACCCUGGAGAUACCUCUGAUCUGCAGGGGCGACAGCUGCUAGCUGGCUUGGACAAAGUGGCCAGUGACCUGGACCGACAGGAAAAGGCCAUCACGGGGAUCCUACGGCCACCACUUGAACAGGGACGGGCAAUAGAGGAUAGUGCUGAACGGGCCAAGGACCUCAAGAACAUUACCAGUGAGCUGCUGCACAUUGAGCCAGAGAAGACACAGCGUACAGCCGAGUGUGAGGCCUUUGUGCAGGCCCUCCCGGGCAGCGGCACUGCACCCUUGCUGAGGAGCCGGAUGGAAGACACCAACCAGAAAUAUGAACGACUGGUACAGCUGCUAGAUGCAGCCCAGGAGAAGGUGGAUGUGGCCAACCGCUUGGAGAAGAGUCUUCAGAGGGGCAGGGAACUGCUGGCCUCACAAGAGAACCGGCUGACCCAGGAUGACACAAUGCCUGAAAGUGGCCACCUGCUGGACAGCAAGAGGCAGGAGCUGGAGGCCAUGGCUUCUGAGCUACAGGCCCAGAAGUCCCUCCUGGGUGAGGUGGAACAGAACCUGCAGGUGGCCAAGCAGUGCUCCAACUCACUGGCCAGCCGCUUCCAAGAGCACUGCCCUGACCUGGAGCGCCAGGAGGCCGAGGUACACAAGUUGAACCAGCGUUUCAACAACCUCAGCCAGCAGGUGGAACGCAGGGCCCAGUGCCUGCAGAGUGCCAGAGCUGCCUACAAUGAGUACCGCCGCGGUUAUGACCAAGUGCUCCAAUUCUUGGCUAACACCCCCACCUACCAGCCCCAGGAAACAGACAGCCUCAGCCAGGUGGAGACCAAGCUGAAGAACCAGAAGAACUUGCUUAAUGAGAUAGCCAGCAGAGAACAGGAGGUGCAGAAGGUCUAUGCAGAUUCCCAGCAGUACCAGCAAGCUGUGAAGGACUACGAGCUUGAAGCAGAGAAGCUGAGGUCCCUGCUAGACUUGGAGAAUGGACGGAACAGCCAUGUGAACAAGAGAGCCAGGCUGCAGUCUCCUGCUGCCAAGGUGAAGGAAGAGGAAGCUGUUCUUUCUGCCAAGUUCACAGAGGUUAAUGCUAUCAACAGACAGAGGCUGCAGAACCUGGAGUUUGCACUGAGUCUCCUGAGACAGCAGCCAGAAGCAGGAGUGACCCAUGAGACCCUGCAAGGGGGCAAGCUGGGCUCCAGCACGGAGGAAACAUGGAAGAUUAAGAAGGAACUGGAAGAGGAGAUGGAGCGAAGGCAGCAGCUGGAAAAUGAGGUCAGGAGUGCCCAGGAGGAAAUCCAGACCCUGAAGGAUCAGGGACCUCAAGAGUCACUGGUGAGGAAGGAGGUGCUGAAGAAGGUGCCAGACCCCACCCUUGAGGAGAGCUUCCAGCAGCUGCAGCAGACCCUGGCUGAUGAACAACACAAGAACCAGCUGUUGCAGGAGGAGCUGGGAGCACUACAGCUUCGGCUGCAGUCCCUAGAGCAGGAGACCAGGGAUGGGGGACAAGAAUAUGUGGUCAAGGAGGUCUUGCGCAUUGAGCCAGACAAAGCCCAAGAGGAUGAGGUCAUGCAGCUUCGGGAGGAGCUGGAGGCACUGCGGCGGCAGAAAGGUGCCCGAGAGGCUGAGGUGCUCCUCCUACAGCAGCGUGUGGCAUCCCUGGCUGCUGAGAAGAGCAGAGUGCAGGAGAAGGUCACUGAGAGGGAGGUGGUAAAGUUGCAGAAUGACCCUCAGCUGGAAGCAGAAUACCGAAGGCUGCAAGAGGAACACCAGCAGGAAGGCACACUCAGGGAGAAGCAGGAAGAGGAGCUGAGUUUCCUGCAGGCCAAGCUCAGAAGACUGGAGAAAGAACGGGCCAUGGCAGAAGGCAAGAUCACCGUCAAGGAGGUGCUCAAGGUAGAGAAAGAUGCAGCCACAGGGAGGGAAGUCAAUGACCUCACCCGCCAGUAUGAGGAUGAGGCUGCCAAGGCACGCACUGGACAGCGGGAGAAGACAGAGCUUCUCAGAAAGAUAUGGGCACUGGAAGAGGAGAAUGCCAAGGUGGUGGUACAGGAGAAGGUCCGAGAGAUCGUGCGACCAGAUCCCAAGGCAGAGAGUGAAGUGGCCAACCUCCGACUGGAGCUGGUGGAGCAGGAGCGCAAAUUCAGAGCUGCUGAGGAGCAGCUGAAGAGCUACCAGAGUGAGUUGGAGGCCCUCCGGAAGCGUGGGCCACAGGUAGAAGUCAAAGAGGUGACCAAAGAGGUCAUAAAAUACACGACUGACCCAGAGACAGAGCAGGAGCUCCAGCGGCUCAGGGAGGAGAUCAUGGACAAGACCAGGCUAAUAGAAAGGUGUGACCUGGAGAUCUACCAGCUGAAGCAGGAGAUCCAGGCCCUGAAGGACACCAAGCCACAGGUGCAGACUAGAGAGGUGGUCCAGGAGAUCUUGCAGUUCCAGGAAGACCCCCAAACCAAGAAGGAGGUAGAGUCUCUGCGUAUAAAGCUGUCAGAAGAACAGAAGAAACAGGUGGACCUAGAAGGGGAGAGGGCAUCCCAGGAAGAGAAGAUCCGAUGCAAGGAGGAAGAAUUGGCACAGGGCAAAGAAAGGGUUGUACGCCAGGAGGUGGUGCAGUACGAAGAUGAGCCAGACUUAAGAGCUGAGGUGACUGCCUUCACAGACAGCAUUGAUGCUGAGCUUCGACAGAUCGACAAGCUACGUGUGGAGCUGCGGAGGCUACAGCACCGCCGAGCAGAGCUGGAGAGGCAGUUGGAGGAACUGGAGCGUGAGCGGCAGGCACGCAGGGCAGCUGAGCUGGAGGUGCAGAGGCUGCAGCAGCGGCUGGCUGUACUAGAGCAGGAGGAAGCCAAGGCUGGUGAGAAAGUGACCCACACACAGAAGGUGGUGCUGCAGCAGGACCCACAGCAGACCAGGGAGCAUGCCCUGCUCCGAGCCCAGCUGGAGGAAGAGCGGCAUCGGAGGCAGCUACUGGAGGGCGAGCUUGAACCCCUUCGUAGAAAGCUGGCUACCCUGGAGAAGACAGAGAUCAAGGAAAAGGUAGUCUUCUCUGAGAGCAUCCAGGUGGAAAAAGGUGACACUGAGCAAGAGAUCCAGCGGCUCAAGAAGAGCCUGGAAGAGGAGAGCCGGAGCAAGAGGGAGCUAGAUAUAGAGAUUACCCGGUUGGAAGCCAAGUUAUCUGAGUUAGAAUUCUACAAUUCUAAGUCAUCCAAGGAACUAGAUUUCCUGAGAGAAGAAAAUCACAAGCUGCAGCUAGAGCGGCAAAACCUGCAGUUGGAGACCCGGAGACUCCAAUCAGAGAUUGAAAUGGCAGCAACAGAAACUCGAGAUCUGAGGAACAUUACAAAGGUGGACUCUGGAACCCACCUCAACUCUAGGCUGUGGUCUCUAGAGAAGGAACUGGAUGACCUCAAGAAGAUGUCCAAGGACAAGGAUCUGGAGAUCGAUGAACUGCAGAGGCGACUGGGCUCUGUGGCCGUCAAGAGAGAGCAGAGGGAAAACCACCUGAGGCGCUCCAUAGUGGUCAUUGACCCUGACACAGGCCGAGAGCUGUCCCCAGAGGAGGCCCACCGGGCUGGGCUCAUCGACUGGAACAUGUUUGUGAAGCUCAGAAGCCAGGAAUGCGACUGGGAGGAGAUAUCAGUGAAAGGCCCUAAUGGGGAGUCAUCAGUGAUUCAUGACAGAAAGUCUGGCAAGAAGUUCUCUAUUGAGGAUGCCCUGCGUAGUGGAAGGCUAACCCCUGCUCAGUAUGACCGCUAUGUCAACAAGGAUAUGUCCAUUCAGGAGCUGGCAGUCUUGGUUUCUGGGCAGAAGUAG